AUGGGGAUUGCUCACCGAGGGAUGACACCCUGGGAAAAUGGGCGAGGGCUGCCAAUGCUGGGCCCACACCUAGAACAAGAGAAACAUGAACUGAGAAGGAGAUUUGAGAACAGAGAAGGAGAAUGGGAAGGAAGGGUGUCUGAACUGGAAAGCGACGUGAAGCAGCUGCAGGAUGAGCUGGAGAGGCAGCAGGUCCACCUGCGUGAAGCCGACCGCGAGAAGACACGGGCCGUCCAGGAACUCUCCGAACAGAACCAAAGACUCCUGGACCAGCUCAGCAGGGCCUCAGAGGUGCAGCGGCAGCUCUCCCUGCAGGUCCACACCCUCCGGGAGGACUUUCGGGAGAAGAACUCCUCCAGCAGUCAACACAUCGUGCGGCUCGAGAGCCUCCAGGCUGAGCAGGUCCUUGAAAUCAAAAUGCUGACGGACAGAAAGCGGGAGCUGGAGCAUCGCCUUAGUGCCGUGAUGGAGGAGAACGACCUGCUCCAGGGAACCGUGGAGGAGCUGCAGGACCGAGUCCUCAUCCUGGAGAGACAAAGCCAUGACAAGGACCUGCAGCUGCACCAAAGCCAGCUGGAGCUCCAGGAGGUGCGUCUGUCCUACCGGCAGCUGCAGGGGAAGGUAGAAGAGCUCAGUGAGGAGAGAAGUCUCCAAAAUAUCAACACAACCAGCACGUCCCUACUAUCUGAGAUAGAGCAGAGCAUGGAGGCAGAGGAGCUGGAACAAGAACGAGAACAGCUGAGGCUGCAGCUCUGGGAAGCGUAUUGCCAAGUGCGAUAUCUCUGCUCCCAUCUCAGAGGAAACGACAGCGCAGACUCAGCAGUCUCUACAGACUCCUCCAUGGAUGAGUCUUCAGAAACCUCAUCAGCCAAAGAUGUCCCAGCCGGCAGCCUACGGGCAGCUCUCAGUGAGCUGAAAAGACUGAUACAAAACGUGCUGGAUGGGGCAGACUCCACAAGCUCUCGACGAAGUGAUGAUGACACCUUAGAGGAACAGAUCAGGCGAACAAGCGAGGAUUCACGAGCCCUGAGAGAGUUAAUGGAUGGAGAACGGGGGAAACUGAGGCAGAGUUUGGAGGAGCUGCAGCGACUGCACAGCCAGGUCACGCUGCUGAGCGUGGAAAUGACGACGCUGAAGGAGGAGCGGGACCGGCUGCGAGGUGCUGCUGAAGACAAGGAGACAAGCGAACGGCUCCUGCAGGCCAUCAGGGACCGCGACGAGGCCAUUGCCAAGAAGAACGCAGUGGAGGUGGAGCUGGCCAAGUGCAGGAUCGACAUGAUGUCCCUCAACAGCCAGCUGCUGGACGCCAUCCAGCAGAAGGUGAACCUCUCGCAGCAGCUGGAGGCCUGGCAGGACGACAUGCACAGGGUCAUCGACCAGCAGCUGAUGGACAAACACCCGAAGGAAUGGAGCCAGCUUGCUUAUUCCUUCUCCAGUGGCUCCAGUGCCAAGCGGGGUGCCAGACCCUCCCCCGGGUUCAGGCCGGAUCAGCAGGGGGGCGAGCCCGGCGGGGCAGAAGUGAACCGGCUCUUUUCCUUUUUCAAGAAAAAUUAA